CCGUCGAGUCGACCGACCGAGCACGUAUAUCUGUUAUCACAAGUCUAUUGACUGUUAACAAAAUCUCGUUUACGACACCCACGCAGCGCGCACCCUCCCCGCCACCCAAGACCCGACCAAUGAUUUUGCCGUCGACCCGUAGCACCACCGCCACACGAGUCGUUGCGUCCGAUCCUUUCUCCACUACGCCUCCCCUACAUCACAAUCAACAGGCUAUUUUUAUCCCCCGUAACACAUGCUCGCUAUGAACAUACAUAUAUAAUACAAUAACAAUAUCAUUAUCAACACUAUUUUUAUUAUUAUUACUAUUAUUAUUAUUAUCGCCGCCGCCGAAAUUUCCGUCUUCGCCGCAGCACCAGCACUGAGCACUUUGAACAGUCCGCGACGAGACGAUGCCCUUCCUCCUCUACAACUGCAGUAGUACUGGCAGCAGCAACAACAGCAGCAACGGCAUCGUCGUCGUCAGCACCAGCAUCUUCUUCAUCAGUCCCCCGACUCUACGACCCUAGUUAUAAUUUCGUUCGCGCUGACGAAAAUAGUUUUUCGGGACCGACGAGAAGAGGAGACGAUCCCCGCACGCCUACAGUCGCCCCCACACUACCCGUCGAGAAAUCUGACGAGCACGCGACUGACAACUGACCUACACACGCCGCGAGCGGAAGCAUUAACGAUGCCUCCGGAUAUAAGCGAUCGUACGCGCGUGAGCGUCGACAAAUUAUUGUACAGUCGUGUUGUGCCGUCCAUCAUGCCGGGUGUUUGCAGCGAUCCAAACUUUUUCGAGACCACUGUCGAGCCACUGCUUGCGGCCGGCCGUGAGGGCGACCUGUGCGAGUGGCUUAAGAAGAACGGACUAAUAGCCAAGGAACAGAAGUGCCCGAACAACGAAUGCCUGACUACGGAAAAGAUGCAGUGGCAUCGCGCACGCGUUGUCGACAAGUUCAAUUGGGUAUGUCUGGAGUGCAAGAAAAAGGUGCCGGCCAGACACGGAUCCUUCUUCGCAGACUUCAAAUGCGAACUGGGUUAUGCACUGAGAGUCAUCGACAGUUGGUGCAAGAAUAUGCCACUCAGUGACGUCAGUGGAGAAGGUAGAACUAAAGUAAAUGUGGCCAAACGUAUUUACAAUGGAUGCGCUCAAGUGGCUGAGUGGCAGUUGAAAAAAAUAGUCGGCGACUUCAAACUGGGUGGCACGGAUGUUGUAGUCAUUGUAGAUGUGUUUCCUGAUGGCAACAUGAGCUUAGAAGUACCAACUACGUCCCAUAAUAAUAACUUUUCCAAAAGAGUGCUAUGCAUUGCUGACACAGCUCACGUUCCUGUUCGCGUAUGGGCAAGCCUUCUAGAUGGAUCUAAUAAAGAAAAUUCUAAAAUUGUGGAAAUGGUCAAAAAUCAUGUAAUGCUGGGUUCAACUAUUGUAACAAAUGAAAUGUUGUAUCCAUUAUUGCACAAUUUACCUGGAAUAGGUGAAGUCAUAAGCACUGAAGCAUUGAUGAAUUUGGACAUUAACCAUGAUCACAAAUCUUUGAAAAAUCUAGAAACUAUAUGGGCAACCACUGUAGAAGCUUGCAUUCAACUACAAGAUAUGUCUACAACACAUGCUGAACAACAUUUAUAUGAACUACAGUGGAGACAGAUGUAUGGAUUUAUUGCUCUUCCAUCUAUGAUACAACAAAUUGUUGAGUAUACUGCUUACAAUAACCCAAUAUGUCCACCUUUGCCAAGCAUAUGGCCUACAAAUUAAAUCAAUUGAUAAGUACAAAUUUUAGCUUAAUGCUAAACCCACCGUUUAAUAUUAUAUACAAGGUAAUUUUUGUCAAUUAUUGUAUGACACUACGACUAUUAUUAAGUUUGAAAUGGUUAAUUUUAUAAAUUUUGUUUAAAACCAUUUAUUUUUUUUCAAACAUAACAAUUUUCUUAACGAAUUAUAGUAUAAUUUAAUUUUUAAAUGCAAUGAUGAAAGAGAUCCAAUAUUUGUUUUUGUUUUAACAAAAAAUAAUUAAUAUACUAAAGAAAUAUUUAAAAGUUAAAUCAUUUUUGUGUUCUGCGUGCUAGCAUAACUUUUAAUCCAAAGCAAACCUAGUAUAAUUUAUACUUUUUAGAUGAAUAUUACAUUUUGUAAUAUUAAUUGACCUUAAAAAUAUUUUUUUUUUCUACAUUUGUUUCCCUACCCUUGAUUUUUUUGUUCUAAUUAGUUUCUUUGAAAUUAGAAUUAUUACAUAUUGUUAUUUAAAACUUAAUUCAUAUCAUUUUUAACCCAUCAAUACACAAGAGUGAAUACACUUGAGUCAAUACUCUUAACUAAAAUCAAAUAAUCCACUUAUUUAUAAUAUGUUAUGGGAUACAUAUCAAUUGUUUUUUAAAUGUACCUAUUACUAAUCUUGAAAUAUUUUGAAAAAUAAUAAAUAUAUAGACACCUACAUUAAAUUUCUCAACUUAAAGUAAUAAAUUUUAGUAUUACAAUAUAUAAACUUCACAGUUUAAGUAUUCUUCAGAAUUUUCUAACGAAUUGGUAAAAAAUUAUUUUUCAAAUAAUAUGAUUUUAAUGAAUAUUACUAUAUUAGUAAAAAUGAUAUUCUCAAAGACUGGUUUUUUUAACAAAAUGUUUACAUUGUUUUGUUUAAAUAAUUUGGUGCCAUUCUGUAAGUUAAAUAAAUUAAGAAAAUGUAGUGCAUAAGCAAUAUUAAAAGAAUGAAUAAAUAUUUAUGAAUGUUAAAAAGUACAGGGUAAUUCAGCUAUAACCAAAAUAUAGUCUUUUUUUUUACUAUAAAACAUACAACUUAAGCGUACUUGUGAUUUUACACCAAUGAUGUUUUCUCAUAUGGAUUAAGGACUAUUAGUGCCAGGGUUAAAUGUUUGAUAAUGGACAUUAAUUGUAUACUUAUGGUAGAUAGUUACUCCAUUUUUAUUUUUUACAUCACUUAACAUUGUUUAAGUCUGUUAAUCAGAAUUAGGUAAUGUAUGGUUAACUAUUUGUUAAUAGAAAUAACUUAAAAAUAUUGUUUAAGUUUAUAAUUAAAUUUGUUUUUAUGAAUUCGCUAUAUAAGUUCUUCAUGAUGGAUUUUACAGCACAAUUAUGAUUUAAUAUUUUUAUAUAAUAUAUAUAUAAUCAAAUCAAAUGUAGUUACAUAAAUUAUAUUGUGUUAAAUGCAAUAUUACAAAACCAGUGAAUUAUUAUGUAUAAAUGUUGAUUGAUUUGUGGUUUCUGUUCUACCAUGUGAUACAUUUUUAUUUUUAUUGUCUAUUGAUAAAUGUUAUUUUUUUUUCAAAUUGUUUUUAUUUAAUAGAUAAUGAAAAAGUUAGCUUUAACAAUUGUUUACAUUUAUUUUAUCAAUUAAAUGUGUUUCAUACUUUUUAAUUUGAAUAUAGUUGGUAAUGUUAUUUUACAACUUAUUUAUUAUUUAUCAAAAAAUUAAACAUCCUAUUAACAUAUUUGAAAUUAUUGUAUGUUGCCAGAUUGUUUGAAUUUAUCAAAUAAUUUCUAUUAUAACUGUCUUAAAAAUAUGUUACUUAAUGAAAUUGCUAUUUUGUAAUAACGACUGUAAUAGAACUUGUCAAGUGCCUUUUUACUAUUACUUUUAUAUGUAUAGCUCAAAUCAUUCAAAUUUUCUAACUAUUGUACAUUUAAAAUGUAAUUAAAUAGUAUGCUAUCCAUAUUACUGCUCAAUAAUAUGAAAUUGUUUUAAAAUUUUAAAAUUAAAUAAUAUUCUGCUCCUGGUUAUCCUUAGACAUUUUGUUUAGUAAAUUUAUUGUUUGUAUGUAUCACAUCCUUUUAAGUUUUAAUCUAUUCCUGUUACUAAUAUUUAAAUCUUAAUUGUUUUCUAAAGUGAAUUAUUAUUACAUUGAUAUUGUUUGCCUUUUUUUCAAUGUAAGAAUUAUACCAAAUGCUUUUAUUUUUAUCAUUUUGUAUUGUCUCAUAAUGUUGAAAUAUUAUAUUUUAAAUAUUUUACUUAUAUUUUUAUUCUAAUUUUCAAUGUACAAUAAAAAAAAUUUCAAAAUUAUUAUUUUUUCAAAUACUUCGCUUAAGCAAAACAUGUUUUUAUUACGUUGUAGAUUGUUCCUAGUAAUUUCAAUUUGAAAUGUUGAUAUUCAUUUUAUAAAUUACUUCCAAUUUUUUUUUUUUCAUUAUGUUUCGUUAAUAAAAAUAUGUUAUGUCUACAAUAUUAUUAUUAUAAUUAUUAUUUUUUUUUUUUUUAUAAAAAUAUCAAUGUUAGAAAUUUUUUGAGACUUAAUUAUGUUAGUUUUUUUUUUUAAAAUAAUUUUAAUUAUUUUGUGCCGUGUUAAUUAAAUUGAUUAAUACAUAUUGUUUAAAAUUACUCACUGUCUUCCUCUAGCAAUUGGCUUGUAUAAAAUAUAUUUUUAUUAUAAUAAAUGAUUUACAGUUAAUAUUUUAAUGUUUGACUGUUAAAUAUAUUACAAUAAACUGUUUUGAAAUAUUAA